CAGAGGAGGCCACCUGGAGCUGUUGGGGUGUCCGCUCCCUUGGGGGCCCCGCCCGCGGUGGGCGAGUCUGCGGGCCUUGUCUACACCGUCCCUCCCCUUCCUGUGUGAGGAAGAGACUCCGAUUCCCGCAGGCACGAGGCUCCCUGACGUUGCACCUCCCUAUCGCCAGGGUGGCCAGGUGUGCAAGCUCUGGGCACCUUAAAGCAGUUUGGGGGUGUAUCGUCACGGGAGCGCAAUCCCUUGGUGGGCCCUUCCUCUUGCCUGCCGCGGAGACACAGCCGUGAAGGCUGGAGCUGGAGCAGCCCCUUUGUGCCACGUGGGGGUAACCUGUGGGGCAGCUGCUGUCCCCCACGGCCUGUGGGAAAGAGAAGUAGGCACCUCCCCUGGUAAGCGUAAGCUGCCUCUUCCCUGUGCGCUCCCCGCCGAUGUCUUCCCUCCGCCUCCACUUUGCCUUUGGAAGACGAGGAUUCGGGAAGAUUUCGGGCAAGUAUCAUGUCUACGUUCUCUUAGAUAAGAUUUAAAUUCAAAGCAUGACAAGAUGUACAUACCUGCACGUACGUGUGCACACGUGAGAGAUGCGGCGCGGUGGGCGAGAGUGAGCGUGUGCUGAAAUGGCUUCUGCCCGGACACGAUUCUGACCCCGUUUCGCCCGGGAUCUGCAGUCACGCGGGGACCGGAGGGAGAAGGCUCGGGUCUCGUCGGCCAGCUGUCAGCUCCACAGUGUCCUGAAACGUCUCCGUUUAUUCAGGGGGACGCGGGGCACCGCGCACACGGCGGUUAUAAAACAUUUAUUCCCCCCAAGGAAGCAUCUGCCAACGUUACGUAGUAAGAGAUUUUCCAAAUCCUGGAGCAUGAAGUAUUAAAACUCCUUUUCCUCGCGCUGCAGCGUCUCAGGUUGGAGAAUGGAGCACAGGCUUCUUUGUUCGACGGACGGGGGUUCAUUUAGUGAAGACGAUUCGGGUCAGGCCCAACCCGCUCUUCCCCUUCCUCCGCCUGAGACCCGAGUGUGGACCUUGCGGGGUGCCCCGUGUCCCCCAAGAGCAUCUCCUUGUCCUUGCUGUGACCCAGGCCCCACGAGGACAGCACCGAGCACUGCGGCAUCGCCCAUGAGGGACACGCUGCACCCGCAGGACCGUCCCUCGUGCCCCCUGAGUGGCUUCCUUCCAGGUGCACCAGCGCCCACUGCAGCAGGACCUCCCUGAUGUGCCCCCCACGCACCCCCCACAGCGUCUCGGUCCCGUGACGUGGCCACGCCCACGUGUACCUCCCUCAGCCCGGCUGCACCGACUCGGGCUCCUCAGUGGCCGCCCUGGGGCAGCGAGGGGGGCUGCUCCUCCGGGCCCACAGCGUCAGGCCUCCUAACGCUGUGCCUCCGCACGGGGGCGGGAGGUGGCCUGGGUUUCUGUCCGUGAGAAUUCAAAGGUUUGUUCCUCCAAGGCCACCAGCUCUUGUGAAACUGGAUUGUUCUUUUGUUUGUUUUCAACAAGCGACCUUGAGAGUGUGUCUGCAUGCGUGUGGGUGUGUGCAGGUGGGUGUGUGCACGGGGGUGGGUGUGUGUGGGUGGGUGUGUGUGUGUGUGACACACCCGCCCGCACUUUUCUGGAACAGCAUCGGCGUCACCCGGGCUUCAGGACGCGCAGCCGUGAACGUGGUUGUGUCUCGUCUCCGCGGUGCCUCGGGCUGUUUCCUUCCCACGGCUCCUUUAUCCUGCGUCUCUUUAACGUCCUACUUUACUCUCUUCCUGUUUUUAAAGACUGAGCUUUCAGGCUUCUUCAUUGAUCGUAGAAUUCAUUUUCGACUAAUUUCUUCUGUACUUGCCCGCUCGCCCCUUUUUGUCACUUAGCGCGACUUCUUGGGUGCUUGGCUCGCUUCCUUCCACCCCUCCUAUGAGCCAACCGACCAUGAGCAGAGGCACGGGCAGGUGCGCGGCGGGCGCACAGCGUCGGGGCGGAGACCGCGUGGCUCCUCGGCCACCUUCCACAGCGGGGAUCUCCGCGGCGUUGUCUACGGGACGUCCUGGAACGAGAGCUCUCGGGUCUCCUCUGGAGCAACAGGCUCCGAAGAAGGACGUGGGACAGUUCCGGCCGCCCCGGAUAUCCGGCACGGUUUGCUGUCACCUUCAUAGUGUCACCGAUCCUGUGGACGGGACGCAGCGAUCCAGCCUGGCUUCUGCUUGCACGUCCUUACUGACGCCCCGUGGGACUGCGGGACUGCGCAGCCGGCUCGGCGGAGGGUCCGGCCCUGGCCUUUCGCCUGUUCGCGGAGUCAAGCCAUCUGUCCCUUGGCGAUGGGGUCACGGCUCCUGGCACAUCCCGCGGACAGGCCUUCCCCCACGGGCUGUGGGGCGGGAACGUGACCUGCCCUCCGCCGAGUCCCCUGGGUUUGCAAGCGGGUCAGCGUCACCUGCACAGGUGCAGGCUGCCCACGGGGCCGUGGGGUGGAGGCCUCCGCGUGGCUGGAGGGACGGGCCUUGUUCCGUGGCUGCUUUCGGGCUCCUCUGUGGCUCCUCCACACGGCUGUUUCUGGAACCUGCACUUUUUUGAGGUUUUCAGCCCCGUGGGUCAUCUGCCAGUGAGCCCAGAGCUGCAGAGCCGGGGAGCAGCCUCAGCGGGCACGGCCAGAGCCCCCACGCCACCACCUCAGCCCCCCCCAGAACGGGGCCGCGCCCCUGUUUCUGGCGCCAGGACGAGGGAGACGGCAGCCCUGCCCCUGUGUCCUGCGCCCUCCCGCCCCACAGAACCACUGACACUAGAUUCAAGAGGCAGCGUCUUUCGGAACCGCUAAGAAUUCAUUUGACAAAGUAAAUGUCAGGGGUCCGACUGGCUUUGUUCAAUGAUUCAAGAACCGGGU